UAUAUAUGUAUAUGAUCUCGGGAACAUAGCCUAUCGAAUUCUCCAUCCGAACAUCCGAAAUCACCGAAAAAUCGUUAAGAUAUGACCGACGAUCUGUCAACUACUCACAACUCGCAUUCGCAGCACGUCGCAGUGAAGAUUUUCGAUGUCACUGUCAAUUCGAUGGCGGACGAGCGUACAGCGUCAACGAUGAAUUGGUUGAACUCCGCAUUACGCAGCUCCCUCAAAAGUUCUACCAUUGUCAGUCAGGUUCAAGUUUGGCAGUGGGCUUUGAUGGAUCCUGAACGUGUUCAUGCUGUCCCACCUUUUCUUCCUCCGCCUUCUCACUGUCCUGUCCCGUAGACCAAAAGGCCUCCCUCAAAACCAACAGUUAAGUUUCGUGACCUGGAAAGUACUCUUUUCGAUGUCAAUCUCGAUAGCAACGGUCAGAAAAGGAAACACGACAACUC